CCUCAUUCGAUAUAAGUCCUAAGAAGAAUGCAACACCGAAGGUUGUUCGAUGCAAAACUUGCCGCAAAGUUUUCUCAAGAAUGGCAUCUCUCAAGAUUCAUCGAAGAUCCCACGCAGCGUUUACUCCGGGACCCUAUACACCUAAGGAUUUUGCCAAGAGGUUUAGUACUGAGAAGGUUUCUCGUGAACCCUAUCGUCCCGCGGCUCAUCUUAAACUACUGGAGGGUGUGAGUCCACAUCCUAGAGAGUAUCCAGGAUAUUUUGAGAACCCUGGCCCCCUUCCGUUCAUUAAACCUGGGACAUCAUUACAGCUCAACAACGAUAUUUUCACUGUAGGAGAUAUGAUCGGAGAGGGUGGGUUCGCCAAGGUGUACUCUGCCUGUUGGGUGAACGGACCUGCCGAGGAGAGAAAUACCGUGCUCAAGGUUCAAAUGCCAGCCAACGAUUGGGAAUGGUAUAUUCUAGGACAGGUAGAUCAACGGUUCGAUCAGCUCCAGCAUCCAUUAAAGGAGGAGGAGACAUCCUGGAAGAGAGGAUUCAUGACUGCUCCGCGUUGUUAUACCUAUCGGGACGGAGCUGUUAUUAUCUCCCAGCUUCAGAAGAUGGGAACCCUGCUUGAUCUUGUCAAUCUCACCAAGAACGCAGAUAAGAGUAUUAUAGAACCCAUAGCAAUAUAUUUAACUGCUGAGCUCCUUGGUUUAAUGGAGUUGCUGCACAGCGUCAACAUUGUGCACGCGGAUUUAAAACCAGAUAAUUUUCUGAUGCGUCACACUCCAUCAACAUCAACCUCACCCUCUCUUCAGUUAAUCGACUUUGGGAAAGCCAUAGACCUGAAGCUUGAGGCUGUUGAGGAGGUUAAAGCUAAGCAAAACAUUGUAGAUAGGUUUGAAACCCCUGCUGGAGAUGAUGCUGGGCAGAAGAUGGACGUGGAGAAAAAUGAACCCGAGUCGGAGAAAUCUGAACCCAAGACGGAUAAAAUUGAAUCUGAGUCGGAGAAACCGGAACCUAAAUCGAAAAAAUCUGAACCAUUGUCUGGUCUAACGAAGAAGACUGAGAACGGAGUAAAAAAUGAGCAGGACGAGACGGGACGAACUGGAAAAUAUCAUCUAGAUUAUUUUGGAAUUGCAGGUGCUGCGUACUGUCUAUUGUUUGGGAAGUAUAUAGAGGUUGGAACGGUGAAAAACCGAUGGGUCGUCAAAGGAUCCUUCAAGCGCUGGUGGCAGGUGAAGCUCUGGGAGCAGUUCUUCGACGACAUGCUAAACCCCAAGGGGGAGGAGAAGGAGUGCCUGCCCUCUUUAUUAGAGUGGAGGAAGAAGUUUCUUCUUCUCUUUGAGAUUGAGGAUCUACGAGAAGGACUUGUUAAAGCUAGAGAAGUGAUAGAAAUAAAACUACUUGAGAAAUGGAGGCGUUUGUUGUGAAAACUGCUGAUUAUUGAUGCAAUAUUCAUCGUUCAUUUAUUUAAUACUUGAAUUUUAGUAUGUGAAAAUAUUUUCGUCUAAAUUUAUAUUAUUUAUGAAACUGUGAUGGGUUGAAGAGUAUUAUUAUAUAUUCUUUUAGUUGGUAUUCUUACUUGUUGCCUGAUGAUAGUUCAAUUAGUGAUCAAAUUAUUAAAUUAUUUCGGCACUUU